UUUUCUCUUUCUUCUUCUCUUCUCCAUCCAGCCUCUCUCCUUCUCUGUUCUCUUCUCUGAUUCUCUCCCUCUGCUUACAAGUUACAGCAGCCUUCCUCUCUCCCUCUUCCAUAAUCGGAUUCACGACAAACGCGCAACUUCAAUCAGAUUCACGAAUCAAUCUCCUGACUGCCUCCGUGGCUGUUCCGCUCGUUCGUUACUCUCGUGUCUGUUUGCUGCAACUCUCCAGUCUCCAGAUCGCCUCUGCCUGACUGCUUUGUUCGCUGCAACUCUCAAAAGGAAUCUCGUCGAUGGCGGGUUUCUCGCUUUCCUCACCGUUCUCGAUUAAUAGCUUCAAGGUUGUUAAUCGUUACUCGGGAAGAAUUUGAACCACUUAGUUUGGAAGCAUAUACAAAAAAAAAAUGUUAUCUUUUGGUAGAAAUUGCUUGAAAUAUUGUAGCUACUUCAGAAGGAAUAGCUCAAAUGAAAAUCUAUGCUCCAUAACCACUUAUUUGCAGAAAUUUCCUGAGCUAUUUGUUCUCAAUGAUCCCAUUGAGAAAAUUUCACACAAGAUGCAGUUCUUCCAUCAUCCUCAGAAAGUAGAUCCAUUUUUAUUCCAAACCACAGCUAGUUAUACUCAUUUUCCUAUUAAGUUAAGGAUGAAACCCGAGUUUGAGUCCUGGCUGGAACAAUCAUUGGUCAGACGUCGAACUCUUGAUUUCCUGAGCCCAUUUCCCUUUAGCACAGGAAGGUUAAGACCAAUAAAUGUUCAUCUUUUGAUUCCACUUAUUUGCUUUAAUUCUUGUUAUUAUUCAACUAAGGCUCCUUCAAGAUCUUAUAGAAGAAGGGCCCGAAAGAGGUUUUUAAAAUCCUGCAUGCCUACUCUAGACCAAGCACAGUUUCAGUUUGCACAGUCCCAACUUCUCCCAAGGUUCACUCCUGAAGAACUAUGCAAUGUUAUUGCUAUUCAACGUGACUCUUUAGUUUGUUUAGAACUUUUUCACUGGGCAUCUCACCAGCCGAGGUUUCGUCAUGAUGUGUCUACGUUUCAUGUCACCAUAAAGAAGCUUGGCGAUGCAAAAAUGUACGAAGAAAUGGAUGACAUUGUGAACCAAUUGCUUGCGGUUCCUUCUAUUGGUUCAGAGGCGCUAUUCAAUAUGAUCAUUUAUUAUUUCACCGAGGCGCGGAAGUUGACUAGAGCUGUCCAUAUAUUUAAGCACAUGAAGAGUAAUAGAAAUCCAAAUUGUAGUUAUAGGCCUUCUAUUAGAACCUAUAAUAUUCUUUUUGCCGCACUUUUGAGUCGAGGAUGCAACUCUUAUAUUAACCUUGUGUAUAUGGAAACUUUGAGUUGUUUGUUCAGGCAAAUGGUCAACGAUGAUGGGAUAGAACCUGAUAUUUUUUCAUUAAAUUCUAUGAUAAAAGGUUAUGUGCUUUCUCUUCAUGUGAAUGAUGCAUUGAGGAUUUUUCACCAGAUGGGUGUGGUUUAUGAUUGCAAACCCAAUUCUUUAACCUAUGAUUAUUUGAUCCAUGGGCUAUGUGCCCAAGGAAGAACAGAGAAUGCCAAAGAAUUGUAUCAUGAAAUGAAGACAAAAGGUUUCACCCCAAAUAGUAAAUCUUAUAAUUCACUUGUCAAUUCUUUGGCACUUGGUGGCGAGGUUGAGGCAGCAGUUGAUUAUCUAUGGGAGAUGACUCGAAAGCAAAAAUCGGUUGAUUUUAUUACAUAUAGGACUGUACUGGAUGAGAUAUGUAGACGAGGAAGAGUUGAGGAUGCCAUGAGUUUUCUACAGGAGUUGCAAGAAAAGGACCUUGUAGAUGGGCAUACUUACAGGAAGCUUCUUUAUGUGCUUGAAGAUGAUUAUGGGAAUUCAGCUAACAGAAUCGAAUCAGGUCCAGCUUUAGUCUCAUCUGAAAAUCGUUGGUGAAUUCCUGGAUCAAUUUGGCAGGAAUUCCUCAUAACUCUUAAGAUGCAGAAUUGUCAGAUCCUAGAAUGCAAAGAAAGUUCAAGGCUAAUUUCGGAAAGUACCUGUAGCUGUCCAGAGCAUGACAUUCAAUUUAUCCAUCUCCCUCAAAAGGCAUACAGAUUCCAAGGGCCCUUCUGAGGAAUAUAGUUGGCUUCAAGGUUGAAACUUGGGAUCUAGUAUGGAUCCAUUCUUUCAACUUCAAAGAUAUUUUGCUUCUAAACCUGAGCAUAGGUGUGAGUGAGCUCAUUGUAAUGAACCUGGAUGAUCAGAUUCAUUAUGGCUUGACAUCAGAUCCUCCUAAAGUUGUUCUUGGCCAGAAUGGAAAAGUGGCCUUGCAAUGAGCUUUUGUUGGAAGCUGCAGUAUGGUUCUUAAUUUGUGUUCUCAGUUCUGUGACACAUCAGGAAAAAAAGUCUAACCUUUCCCUUCUUGCAAUGAAGGAUGGUGUCUACAAUGUACAACUGGUGAUAGUUCAUUCGUUGAGGAUGGUGCCUCUAGACUUGCUGAACUUUUUAGCUCACUUUAUGUACGCCAUGGAAGAGAACUUGCAAUAGAAUUCAAAAUAUGUUUCAUAAAAGUAAAAUGAGCAGAUUGGAAAAAUUAGAGGAAAUAUUUAGAUAAAGAUGCAGGACUGUGACAAAUGAAAGACAACUUUGCAAUGCAUAGAUCUGAGUAUAGAUAUAUGCAGAUAUUGAACAAAAUGGGCAGUACCAAACAUUUUAGAACUGGAUUUUGGAGUUCGUGUGAAGGAUGGGUGCAGCAUUGCAAGAGUUGUGACUCAAGAGACAAGGCUUGACUUCUUUUUCGGCUAAUUUCUCAAGACAAUUAGAAUGGUUUUUUUAGAUUUUAUUUUACAUCUUAUAUGAAUAUUCCUUGAGGAUUUUACAUUACAUAAAAUAGUUUCAGGUAAACAGCAUAACUAUUAGCCCCAUUGCAGAGCACGGAAAUUCUUGUGCAUUUUAAUGAACCUCAGGGAAAACAACCAGCUCGUCCCUGUCUUCCUCCCAAGCCUGGACGGAUCCAAGGGUGUUGUUAAGCAUGUAGCUUGUGCAUUUUAACUCCACCUCCCAAAUUUUUAAUACAAACUAUUAUUAUAUCUAUAUUAUAUUCUCGAACAUACAUUAAUAUUAUAUUACUAUUAUCUAGACACUUUAUAUUGAAGUUGUGGCUAAUAUAUGAUAUCAAACACAUUUAAUUGAUU